CCGGCCAAUAGCAGGCGACCGGGCCGGGAACCCGGGUACUAUCGGUGGAUUCGGGGCCAGCAUGAAUGGCUGUGAGGCCGAGAGAUUCUCCCACCAGAUAACUUAUCGACCCAAGGAAAUGAGUUGCUGAUCGGAUUCUAGAAGGGAAAAUGGCGGUGGCGGGUGGGGAUUCCCUAAGGGGGGGUGCCCUAUCCUAUUGCCCUACCUGGCCCUGGAUCCCUUACUGGACAGAGUGGACAACGGAUACGCUGCGUUGGCCGAGGAAUACUUCGCCUCAUCGUUGCACCGCCGCGAAAGUCGGCCUAUAAAUAGGUAAAACCGUCGUUGGAUGUAGAAAAGGCCGUCGUGUCCGUCCUGCUC